ACAUAUUCUGUUGCUCUCCUUUCUUCCUUGUGUCAGGAUCCUGAACUCGACCAUCUCAUGGUCACUGCCUCCCAGGUUCCCAUCCACUUUUGCUUCCCCUACUAAUUCUUCCCUGUUUGUGAGCAGCAGGUCAAGAAGAGCUCUUCCCCUAGUUGGUUCCUCCAGCACUUGGACCAGGAAAUUGUACCCUACACUUUCCAAAAACUUCCUGGACUGUCUGUGCACCGCUGAAUUGCUCUCCCAGCAGAUAUCGGGGUGAUUGAAAUCCCACAUGAGAACCAUGGCCUGUGAUCUAGUAACUUCUGUUAGUUCCCAGAAGAAAGCCUCAUCCACCUCAUCCCUCUGGUUUGGUGGUCUGUAGCAGACUACCACUACGACAUCACCCUUGUUGCUCACACUUCUAAACUUAAUCCAGAGACUCUCAGGUUUUUCUGCAGUUUCAUACUGGUGCUCUGAGCAGUCAUACUGCUCUCUUACAUACAAUGCAACUCCUCCACCUUUUCUGCCCUACCUGUCCUUCCUGAACAGUUUAUAUCCAUCCAUGACAGUACUCCAGUCAUGUGAUUUAUCCCACCAGGUCUCUGUUAUUCCAGAGACCUGUAAUCAGUUAAGCGUUUCUUGAUUGGGCACUUACUGAGAAUAGUCCUUUCUUAAGAAGCUGACCAAAUGCUUCACUGAGGCUUCUUAGAAUCAAACACAUUGAGAUACAAGUACAUAGCCAAUAUUUAUAGCUUCAAAUACAAAAAUGAUACACACAUACAGACAGCAUAAUCAUAAUCAGCAAAUCAUAACCUUGUCAUAGACACCUCAUUCGACAACCUUUGUACAAUAUUUGGUGCAACUAUAGGACCUUAGUUGCAAAAAUAAUCUAUACGGUCACAAUUCAUUUCAAUAACGUCACAACAGCCAAAAUGGAGCCAUUUAUACCUAUCUGAUUGUUGAUUGCCUCUGUCAGAUGGACACUCAAAGAAGUCACAGAAUUCAUUCCUUAGAACUUUUUGCUAAAAGUCAGUUUCAGUCCAGGGGAAAGACAACCGAUAUCAGAAACAGCUUCCAGAAAAUUGAAUUUCUACUCUCAUCCAAUUUGUAUUAGAAGAAAAAUGGAGUGAGAUUACUUAUGAUAUUCAUGGUCAUCAAAACUUUCCUGGGGACUAAGACCCAGAUAGGUCUUAAGAAAGUGAAACAACUUCAUGGUAAAAGAGAAUUUCAAGAUGUCACUCACUUCUAAAUCAAGAAGAGCAGCAGUGUACUCUGGAUAUAAGAUGCUGGUGGAGGCUGAACUCAUCUGGAAAAGGAGUUCUUGAGACGUGGAAUACUGGAUGCAUUUUCAUCAUCUUGGGCAGUUGGAGUUUGAAGGCUACAGAGACUGAUCCGUUGGAUGGGCCAACAUAUCGGUUUAAUAUCAAAUAAAAUAUUUAUUGACAUUCUUCUUGACUUGAUUACUUUGAACCUUGGAACAAACAGCCUUCCUGAUGUAUGGAUGCGCCUCACAGUUUCAGAUUUACAAAAUCUGGCAACUACAUUAAUGGUGAACUCAGAACUUAUUGAUUGGCGCAGAUUCUUAUUAACAGCAGCUCAACCAUGGCCAGUUCCCUCUGUGAUACAGCUCCUUAAUACCCUGCACAGCUUUAAGGCUGUUGAUGAAGCUGGAUCAGGCUUUGUUACACAGGAAUACUAUAAUCAGGUUGGUUUAUGGUUUAAAGGCAGUGAAGAUUUUAAAAUGCCAGAAAAUCCUACAGAGCCUUUGCCUUUUAAUAGACAGGAGCAUCUUAUAAUGUUUUUCUUUAUUUUAUUUGCGGAUGCCAGAAAAGAUCCCUCACAACUUGACUACACUAAGAUGCUGCUUUAUUUUGCUUCACAUCCUGAUGCUGUUGAGGGAGUGUACCGAGCGCUUAGUGUUGCUACGGGAACAUACAUCCGAAGAAGAAAAGAAGUUUCUCCUCCACAUGUGUCUCUUUCCCACACUGAUAUGCUGAUAAAGAAGGAACCUUUGGUGGAAAAAGAAGAAAUCUUAUAUUGCACAGAUGAGGGAAGAAUUUCUAUGGCAACUCUACAAAGAGUUUUCCAUCACGAAGGAAGUAAAGCUGGUGACAACCAUAGAUUCAGUAGUCAGCAGAAGGCAGGCAGUAAUAAUAAGCAUUUCAGAAAAAUAUACGAGGAACUGGGCUCUGAGGAUCUGAAACCCAUUCCAGUUACCAUUCUUUUGAAGCAUCCUUUCAUUCAGGACUUGAUUAACAACUACCAGGGAUACAAACUUCCUGAUAUUAAAGUGAUUCUACAAAGAGAUGAGCAGACACAAUCAACUGAUGGAGAAAUAUAUAAAGAUGUUAAAAUAUGAAAAAAAAAUUAAACAGUAAGGGAGGUAUUUGUAGGAAUUAGGACUUGUGGUCUACUGAUGUGAGUAAGGAUUGCUGGUCAAGUCCUAUAAUAAUUAAGCAUAUUACAUGCUAUCUAUACUCUGCUUUAAAUAAAAGUGCUUGAUUAAAGAAGUUUAGUUAUUUCAGAUAAAAUAUUCUGCUAAAUAAAAUGAAGCUGAUUUUUAGUUGUUGACUAGUAAUAUGUUCUUUAAUAAUUUUAUAGGAAUAGAACAUCUCCCAGUCCUAUGUGCAAAGUCAUCUUUUGUUAAUACUGAUGGAAUAUAACACAAACAUUUGUUAAUUGUUAAUUGUAUACAGCAUCUCAUAAUUUCUAGUUAAUAAACUAAUAAUGGAAAUGAAAACAGAAUUUUCUCUCAAUUAAAUUCGGACGAAUUACUGAAAAGCCAUAAUGUAUACAAAACAUCUGAAACAUGUGAAAGCCAUAAUGUAUAUGAAAGCGUCUGACAAAGUGGGUAUUCACCCCCAAAACUUAUGCUCCAAUACUUCUGUUAGUCUAUAAGGUGCCACAGGACUCUUUGCCUGUAUAUAAAUUGUAAUACUUAUUGAUAUUAGCAGAGAUAUCUAACCCUUGUUUCUUAAUGUUUCAAUUUUUAACAUAUUCUUUCUAGAUAAAUUCUAAUUACAACCUUUUAGAGUAUUUCCAAGCUCAUUUAAAGUGCAAGAACACAGUGUGAGCAAUAGUAAAAUAGUAAAAUUUCUCUGUGAACUUUCAAAUAAUUGUCAUGCUAUAUGGAAUCAUUGAAUCAAAGUUCUUGAAGGGAGUCAUUUAUUAAAUAAUACUAUAUAUUACAGGUACGAAAGGACAAUCUUCUAUGCAACUCAGGUUCAAGCUUUGUUUACCUGGGAUGGUGCUCUAUCUGGCAUUCUGUACAGCACAGAGCAACAUGUACUUGGCUGUAUAACAUACUCUUUGUUAGUACCAAAUAAGAUCUUGGUGAAACUUUCUUCUCUUUCACCUCUACAGAAGUUGCCCAACCUUUUUUCUCCAUCCAUUUUUUUUACUGCAUCUCCUAGCUGAAGUUUUGGAAAAGUUUUCAUGUAAUUAUGCUUGUCAAGAUGACUUUUCUAUUUUUUUAUUAUUCUCUUAUUAGUACGUUUUAAACUUUCACCAUGUAGGAUGCAAAUUCUUCAAGGUGGGAACUAUCUAUAGUUUUUAUUUGUCUAUUGAGUGUCAGUAGAGCUGAAUUGAAUUUAGUCAUUGUAUUCAGCAUUGCUCUGUAAAUUAGUUAAGCUAAGAAUGCCUUUUCCUACAAAAUUUCUUUAGCUAUCUAACUCUUUCAGCUUCUCCAUUCUCUUAAGGAUAAUGAGAGCUAAUAAUAAUAGGAAGGGAACUGUAUUUUUUCAUGAAAUUUGUAUCUCUAAAUUGUAGACCAUUGUCUGUAACUAGUUUCUCUGGAAUUCCCCAAUGAGCAAAUAUAUUCUUUAACUUUCCAGUUAUGCUCAUUUUUGUGGCAUAUGCACAUUUGUAAGCAUUCUGACUAAUGGCUAUAGCAGCUAGGUACUUGUGACUGUCUAGCUCGCACAGAUCAAUAAACGUACAC